AUGUUAAAGUUUAUACGAGGAAAGGGUCAACAGCCGACAGCGGAACGACAGCGCCUGCAGAAGGAUCUUUUUGCAUAUCGUAAGACGGCACAACAUGGCUUUCCCCACAAACCGUCAGCUCUGGCAUACGAUCCUGUGGCAAAGCUCAUGGCAAUUGGCACACAAACAGGUGCCAUUAAAGUAUUUGGACAACCCGGUGUGGAAUUAUAUGCCCAGCAUACGUUGGUCAAUAAUUCGGCAGCAGAGCUAAAUGUACAGCUGCUAGAAUGGGUUUACGGCACAGGACGCAUACUCUCAUUGACAGCAGCUAAUCAGCUAAUCCUGUGGGAACCAGUGGGCACUACACUAGUACCCAUCAAAACUCUGCCCUUUGACGGGAAACUUAAGAAGGUCUCCUCGCUGUGCUGUUCACUGAAUAAAGAUGUACUUUGGAUUGGAACGGAGGGUGGCAAUAUAUAUCAGCUCGACUUAAGUUCUUUUACAAUACGAGAACCAGUCAUCUAUCACGAUGUUGUGCUUGAGCAAGUGCCACCGACAUACAAGCUCAAUCCAGGUGCAAUUGAGUCAAUUUGUCAGAUUCCAAACGCACUGAACAAACUCAUAAUUGCCUACAAUCGUGGCCUAUGCGUGCUAUGGGACAUGGACACUUCCUCCGUGGAGCGCGCGUACAUUGCACCAGGACAUGGUCAAAGCGUGGGGCUUUCUGUUAAUGCAACUGGCACAGAAUUUAGCUGGUAUCAUGCGGACGGUUCGUAUGCAACGUGGAGCAUAGACAAUGGAGAACCGCCACAAAAUGUAAACUAUGUACCAUAUGGACCCGAUCCUUGCAAGAGCAUUAAUCGCCUUUACAAGGGCUACAGAGGCGACAACGAAGUGAUUGUCUUUUCCGGUGGCAUGCCACGUUCUGCCUAUGGAGAUCAUAAUUGCGUUUCGGUGCAUGUCAGCGAUGGACACAAAUUAUGUCUGGACUUUACAUCCAAGGUUAUAGACUUUUUUGUAACAUACAAGCCAGGAACAGACUGCGUUGAAGUGCUGAUUGUGUUGUUGGAAGAGGAGCUGUGUGCAUAUGACCUCACCGAUCCGAAUAUUUUGGCCAUCAAGGCACCCUACCUUCAUUCAGUGCAUGCAUCAGCUGUGACAUGCAACUAUCUUGCCUCUCAAGUCACCCAGGCAGUGUACGAACGCAUUUUGCGAGCGGGCGAUGAACAAGACAUCGACUACAGCAAUAUUGACUGGCCCAUCACGGGUGGCGUACUGUCCGACGAUGCAGCUGAAUCUGAUGAAGAUGAAGUGGCGAAGGAAUACGAAAUACUUUUAACUGGCCACGAGGAUGGAUCGGUGAAAUUCUGGGACUGUACUGGCGUCCUGCUUAAGCCUAUAUACAAUUUUAAAACGGCCGGCAUUUUUGGCAACGAGCAUGAGUACCGAGAAGAUGGACCGGCAGACACAAGUACAGAGCAACUUGACGAGGGAGAGCCACCAUUUCGUAAGGCAGGCUUGUUUGAUCCUUAUUCUGAUGAUCCGCGUUUGGCCGUUAAGAAGAUUGCAUUUUGCACCAAAAAGGGUCAGCUAAUUGUGGGUGGUACUGCUGGACAAAUUAUUAUAGCAGAUUUCGACACUGCUGCCGAAGAUCAAAGUUCUUUAAAGUAUAACUCUAUGAACUUGGUCAGCGAUCGCGAUGGUUUCAUAUGGAAGGGACACGAUCAGCUAAAUGUGCGCCCCAAUUUGUUAGAGGAGAACGCCGAGCCUUUGACCGAAAACGGUGUUAAUAUCACGGGUGUACUUCAAGUUCUGCCACCCGCCAGCAUCACUUGCAUGGCUCUGGAAGCUAAUUGGGGACUUGUGUCCGGCGGAACUGCACAUGGACUAGUACUGUUUGACUUUAAGAACUUUGUGCCGGUGUUCCAUCGCUGCACAUUAAAUCCAAAUGAUCUAACUGGAGCUGGCGAGCAACUGUCACGCCGCAAAUCAUUCAAGAAAUCAUUGCGAGAAUCAUUUCGAAAGCUACGAAAGGGUCGAUCUACACGAACCAAUCCAACAAACCAGGUGCCCACAACGCUGGAAGCUCGGCCUGUUGAGAGGCAAAUAGAAGCACGUUGCGCCGACGACGGUUUGGGCUCCAUGGUGCGAUGUCUGCUGUUUGCUAAAACUUAUGUCACCAACGUUAACAUAACAUCGCCGACUUUGUGGUCAGCUACAAAUGCUAGCACCGUUUCUGUUUUCCUUCUACACUUGCCACCAGCGCAGACCGCUGCAACCACAGUGCCACCAGCAAGUGGAAAUGCAACACCGCAGGCAUCCCGACGUAUUUCUGCGCAGCUUGCCAAGGAGAUUCAGCUAAAGCAUCGUGCACCUGUCGUUGGAAUAUCGAUCUUUGAUCAGACAGGCAGCCCUGUCGAUCAAUUGAAUGCUGGAGAAAACGGUUCGCCGCCUCAUCGUCUACUUAUUGCCUCUGAGGAACAAUUCAAAGUGUUCUCGCUGCCGCAAUUAAAGCCAAUCAAUAAAUACAAGUUAACAGCGAACGAGGGGGCUCGCAUUCGUCGCAUUCACUUUGGAUCAUUCAGCUGUCGCAUAUCGCCGGAACUAUUGCAAAGCCUUCAUUCCGGCAGUCCGACAAAGUCCGUUCGUUCCCACGGCGAGGGCGAUGGCGUCGGAAAUGUGAGCGCUACAUCAGCUGCUGGCCGCAGUGAUUUGUAUCAUGAGAUGGCGCUGAUUUGUCUUACCAACAUGGGCGACAUUAUGGUUUUAUCAGUCCCUGAGCUAAAGAGACAAUUGAAUGCUGCUGCCGUACGACGUGAAGAUAUCAACGGCAUCUCUUCGCUAUGCUUUACCAAUGGAGGGGAAGCUCUGUACAUGAUAUCCUCAUCGGAACUGCAGCGCAUCGCUCUCUCUACUUCUAAAGUGGUGCAGCCCACAGGCAUGGUGGAGGUUGAACCUUUAGAGAGUGAGGAAAACGAGAACACUUCGCAGGCAAACGAAGGCGAUGAAAGCGAUAAGGAUGCCGAGGCAAAUAGAGAACCUACAAAUACUGCCACAGGCACACAACAACCACAGGCUACGGUACGCGCUAGGCCGCUGGAGCUGAACGCUGAUGGCAGUAGUCUCCACCUAACUAAUGGCAUUUGCAACAGCAACUCACCGAACCGUGCAAACGAGACAAUCACAAGCUCUAUGGGUGACAUCACCGUCGACUCUGUGCGCGACCAUUUAAAUACAACAACCACCACAUUGUGUUCGACUACAACGGAGGAAACUGUUGGUCGAUUGUCUGUGCUUAGCACGCAAACGAAUCAAGCCACAACCACCGUGAAUAUGAAGGACAUUCCUGACAUUAACAUACCUAAUUUAAUGGACUUGGCAUCAAAGAACAACACGACUGAGACGAGCACCAGUUCUGUAGUAAUAAAAUCAGUUAUCACGAGCAUAUCACACGAAAAAACAAACGGCGAAAGCGAACACGUAACAACAAAGACCACAACGCAUGAAGAGAGCCAAUUUUAAGUAAAUGAAGCCAUAAAGGCAUAUAUUUUAUACUCCAUAUAUGCACCACACCACACCACACCACGCCACACAUCUAAAUGGCACCUUUAUCUUGUAUAUGAACACCGUGGUGAACACCACGGUAGGCAGACAACUGUUGCAUUUUCGAAAAACAAAAUCAAUUAUGUUACAAUGCAUGUUAUUUGAUGUAAUUCCAAAAUAAUGUUAAGUUUAUAUUGUAGUAAUCUAUACAAUCCGUUCGAGUUUACAAGUUUUUUUAGUGAAUUUCACACAUUUUUGUAUUUAUGUAUUAGCCCUUUAAAGAUGACAAAAGCUGCAUAAAUGUUGUAUAUGAGCUUGUCACAUUUCCAUACCUAACGAUAGACAAAAAGUACAAUACGGAACACGUAUGCCUUAUAAGACGAAUUGACUAUUUACAACAGAUUUUAUACAAGUAUUAAAAAUUCAGAUCAUACAA